AUGGGACUUCAAUCAUCACCACAUACAAAAUGUGCCAUGCUAUAUGGGAAUUUCAAGAAAUCGGCACAACAUAUUGAUAAAAUGUUGAAUGCCCAAUCAAAAGAGGAGGUUUUGAAUAAUCGAAUGCGGCUUAAAGCAACUAUUGAAAUUGUUCGCUUGCUAGCAUUGCAAGGAAUUGGUUUUAGAGGCCAUGAUGAAAGUUCAAGUUCAUUGAAUCGUGGGAAUUUUAUUGAAGUGUUAAAGUGCAAAGCGGAAGGAAAUGAUGAACUUUCAAGUUUUAUCUUAAACAAUGUUCCACAAAAUGCCCAAUACAUUGCUCCAUCAAUUCAAAAAGAGGUUAUUCAUAUUCUUGCAAAUAGAGUGAGAAAAAUGAUUUGUGAUGAAAUUGCGGGAGGUAAAUAUUGUAUUCUUGUUGAUGAAACACAAGAUGAGUCUAAUACAGAGCAAUUGGCUCUUGUUUUAAGAUAUGUCAAGCAUGAUGGCUUACUAAUGGAAUGCUUUUUUGCCAUUGUGGGAGUUGAAAACACAUCAGCAGUUACGCUUAAGGAUGCAAUAUGUGUUAUUCUUGGUCGGUUUGAUCUUUCAAUUCAAAAUUUGAGAGGUCAAGGGUACGAUGGUGCUAGUAAUAUGCGCGGUGAAUGGAAUGGACUACAAGCAUUAUUUCUUAAAGAUUGCCCAUUUGCUUAUUAUGUCCACUAUUUUGCUCAUCGAUUACAACUAGCAUUAGUUGCAGCAGCAAAAGAUGAGACGAAUAUUUGGCAAUUCUUCUCUCACCUAACUUGUAUUGUCAAUCUUGUUGCUUCUUCUCCUAAUCGUCUUGCUGAAUUAAAAUAUUUUCAAAGGGAUGAGAUUGCAUGUAUGUUGAGCACAUGUGAACGUGAAUCUGGUAAAAGGGCUAAUCAGAUUGGCACCUUGCAUCGAGCUGGAGCUACUCGUUGGAGCUCACAUUAUGAUUCUGUGAAGGAUUUGAUUGAUGUGUAUAAUGCAUCUUGCAGAGUUGUUGAAAGUCUUAGAAAUGGUGGACAAAGUCAACAAAUACGUGGGCAAGCUUCAGAUUUACAGUUGAUAGAGUUAGAACAUAGAUUCAACAAUGCAGUAGUGGAACUUCUUACUCUUAGCUCGGCUUUGGAUCCUAGUGAUUCUUUUAAAUCUUUUAACGUGGAAAAGAUAUGCAAUCUUGCUGAGAAAUUCUAUCCUUGGGACUUCACUAGCCAAGAUGUUAAAACAUUGAAGUUUCAAUUGAUGCACUAUCAACUUGAUGUAUCUAGUGAUCUCGAGUUUCAGAAUAUUUCUUCUCUUACUGAUUUAAGUCGGGAACUAGUUGUAAGCAAGAAGUUUGCGUACUACCCUUUGGUUGACAGAUUGAUUCGUCUUGUGUUGACUCUUCCUGUUCCUACAACAACUAUGGAGAGAGCAUUUUCAGGCAUGAAACGUGUUAAAACAUCGACGCGUAGCAGGAUUGGAGAUAAAUUUCUUGCUGACUGCAUGACCAUCAAUCUUAAACGAGAGUUUGUUUGGAAAAUUGACUUGGAAUCUGUUAUUGAUGAAUUCGAGUCUUUAAAGACUCGUCGAGCACAACUUAGAUAG